CGUAAAAUCAGGCAUAUUUUUCAUUGGCUUGUUUUCUGCAUGCAUGCAUGCAUGCAUUUAUAUUUCUGUGGAUUGCCAAAGAUUUUGUGUCAGCAGCUGUGUAUGUAUGUUGGUUGAAUUGUGGAUUGAUGGUUAAUAGUAGUUGAAGGCGCACAACUUCCGAAAAAACACCUUUUUUUCUGGUGCCUUAAUUUGGGCUCUAACGUAUACACACAUUCAAUUUCAAGGAGUAAAAUCCUCGAUUCUCAUCUUCAUUGAAUCGAAAACGGAUGAGAAAUUCCUUUUUAACAUCAACUCGUGGUUAAAAAAUUUCAAACUAAUAGCUGUAAAUUGUUGACUUUUUCCUUUGCCAUAUUCGACACAAUCGGAUUGCUUGAAACACAUACCAUUAUUGACAAAAAAAACCUUGGCUGAUUAACGAAUAAUCGCGAUUAAUUAAACAAAAUCAUCAUUAACCAAAUAUUCAUCUAAAUAUUGAAACAUUUCAUCAAUUCUGACAAAAUGUAUUCAUCACCAUCAAUCAAUGGUCUCAAUAACACUAACAAUGAAAAGAAAUUUUUCGUCCUAAACAACAAUAGCAGCGAAUCAUCUCUAUUGUUAUCAUCAUCGGCACCAUUGCAUACAAAUUCUAUUGCUAGAAAAACUCAGGUCAUUACCAAUAAAUCAUCUGGUACGAACGGCAUCAAAUAUCCUAAAUCACCUUCAUCACAAAUGAAACGAAAAAAACAAGAUUCCAAAACGGGUAAAGGUCUUCGCCAUUUCUCUAUGAAGGUUUGCGAAAAAGUUCGUAAUAAAGGAACAACCACUUAUAAUGAAGUUGCCGAUGAAUUGGUAGCCGAAUUCAGUGAUGAUCCGAUCGCUAGUCGUGCAUCAUUUCAAACGGGGAAUGAUCAGGAACCAUUUGAUCAAAAGAAUAUUCGUCGCCGUGUUUACGAUGCCCUUAAUGUAUUGAUGGCCAUUAAUAUCAUAUCAAAAGAAAAAAAAGAGAUCAAAUGGAUUGGCUUACCUACUAAUGCCGUUCAGGAAUGUUCCGAAUUGGAAAAUGAACGUGCUCAACGUCAACAGCGAAUCAAAGAGAAAAAGGAUCAAUUACGUGAUUUAUUGAUACAACAGAUUGCAUUCAAAAAUCUUGCUGAUCGUAAUCAAAUGACUGAAAUGCCGGAUCCAAAUUCUAUAAUAAAACUUCCAUUCAUCAUUGUUAAUACCGAUAAAGAUACCUUAAUCGAUUGUUCAAUAUCACGUGAUAAAUCAGAAUAUCUAUUCAAUUUUGAUAGCUCAUUUGAAAUUCACGAUGAUUUUGAAGUAUUAAAACGAAUGGGUCUUGGUUAUCAUCUGGAAAAAUUGGAAUAUGGACAAACAAUGAAACGUUGUGAUUAUGAACGUGCACGACAAUUUCUUCCAGAAGCAUUACGAACAGAAUUGGAUGAAAUGCUUGAAGAGAAUCAUGUACAGAUAAUCAAUUGAAAUUUAAAAAAAAAUAGUUUGAUCAUAACAAUCAUGAAAUAUUGAAAAAAAUACAAUUCUUAUAUUUCUUCUUUAUUUGAUCAAUUGAUCAAAUCAAUUUUCGUAUCGAUCAGCAUUAAUAUAUAGAAAAUCAUCAAAAACAGAAAAAAAAUUUCAAAUGUUUGUUUCGUCCAUUAAUUGUCGAAAAUUCCAUUGUAGCAAUUAUUAUUAUGAUUUUCUAUGUAUUUUUUCUAGUAAAAUGGAAAAAAACAUUAUUUUCUCAUCAUCAAU